AUGGGCAUUUCGACUCGCAACGACCGCAAGAAGCAUGCUUUCCUUGGUGUCUUCUUUGCAGCUACCGCAAUGGCCAAGGCUGUCCCUACUUCCAAGCUUUUCCAACAUGACGCACUCGCUCUGAAGAACGAUACCGAAGCUUUGCCGUACCGUGAUGCAUCGCUUCCGGUGGAUGAGCGUGUUGAUGACCUGAUCCAGCGAAUGACGUUGGAAGAGAAAGCUGGACAGCUGUUCCAGAGCAUCUUGAACCUUCCAGCGAAUUACAGCACUGCUCUGUCCAACACCACGGUCCUUGCUGUCGAAGGGAAUUUCCAAACACACUUCAACUUGGCAGGGGCGGUCGACAGUCCCCGCGUGGCUGCCCAAUGGUACAACAACUUACAGCAAAGUGCCUUGAACACACGACUUGGUAUACCAGUUACCAUGUCUUCGGACCCCCGAAAUUCUUACAAGGAUGCUGUUGGAUCGCAAAUCGCUGCAACUGCAUUCUCCCAGUGGCCUGAAAGCCUGGGUCUGGUAGCGUUGAGGGAUGCAGACUUGGUACACAAGUUCGCGAAUAUCGUCCGCCAAGAAUAUCUGGCAAUUGGUCUUCGGUCAGCACUGCACCCGCAGAUCGACCUUUCAACUGAGCCACGCUGGGCCCGAAUUGGAGGCACAAUGGGCGAGGACGCCCAACUGACUGCUGAGCUUGUUGUUGCGUACAUUGAAGGCUUCACGGGCGAUGAAUUUGGUAAUCAGUCUGUCACAACAGUCACCAAACACUUCCCCGGAAGUGGCCCCGUUCAGGAUGGAGAGGAUAGCCAUUUCACAUAUGGAAAGAAUGCCACGUAUCCAGGGAAUAACUUCGAGCAUCAUCUCAUUCCCUUCAGAGCUGCCAUUGCUGCUGGUGCGCGCCAGAUGAUGCCUUACUACUCAAAGCCUGUUGGCACCAAGUACGAGGAAGUUGCUUCUGGUUUCAACAAGGGUAUUGUUACCGAUCUUCUCCGCCAUGAGCUUGGCUUUGAAGGUAUUGUCGUCAGUGAUUGGGGCCUGAUCACCGAUGCCAUCAUUCGUGGCCAAGACAUGCCUGCUCGUGCCUGGGGUGUCGAAAAUCUCACUGAAAUCGAGCGCGCAGAGAAGAUUCUGAACGCUGGUGUUGACCAGUUCGGCGGUGAACAACGCUUUGACCUCAUCCUCCAACUCGUUGGCAACAACACUGUCAGUGAAGACCGCAUCGAUCUCUCUGUGCGCCGUCUCCUGCGAGAAAAGUUCCUCCUCGGGCUCUUCGAAAACCCCUUUGUCGAUGCUGAUGCGGCCGAUUCCCUCGUCGGCCAAGCUGACUUCGUCGCUGCUGGCAAGGACACACAACGGAAGUCCAUCACCCUUCUCACCAACAAUGAUACCGUCCUACCGCUCAAGCACAACAAGUCCACCAAGUUCUACACCGAGGGCUUGAACAAGACACUCCUUGCCGCCCGCGACAUCACUGUCGUCGCGACUCCUGCUGAUGCUGACUUCGCAAUCCUCCGCCUCCAAGCCCCCUAUGAACCGCGCCCUGGCGGCUUCGAAGCAAACUACCACGCCGGCAGUCUCGAAUACAACGCCACCGAGCGCGCGCGCCAGGCCGCCAUCUACUCUGCCGUACCCACCAUCGUCGACAUUUACCUCGACCGUCCAGCCGCCAUUCCCGAGAUCGUGGAACAGGCGAAAGCCGUCAUGGCAAACUACGGAGCCGCAGGCGACGCUCUUCUCGAUGUUAUCUUCGGUAUUGGUGGAUACAAGCCGCAGGGAAAACUGCCGUUUGACUUGCCGAGGAGUAUGGCGGCGGUGGAAGCGUCGAAGGAGGAUGUCCCUUUCGAUACGGAAAACCCAGUCUUUAGGUUCGGUCAUGGGCUCACUUAUGAGGAUUGCGAAGAAUGA